AUGGACACUUCUCUUCCAACGUUCGGACGACGAGUUUCACCUGCUCAAGGUCGAGGUCGUGCUUCUACACUUCCUACGCUGUCAACCCGUUCACGAAUACCAUCACCAUUUAUUGGCGGUGGCGGUGGUGGCGGUAAACCAAAUUUGCAACCUGCGAUAAUGCAGCAACAACAAUUUGAAGCAGCGACAGCACAAGAAGAGGAAGAAGAGGAACUUCAGAUAAAUCCAUCUCCAAACAGGCGUAAUUUAAACGCGUAUGGAGUUCCAUCAAGACACUCAUCACGUGGUAACUCUUACUCUUUACCAGCAAGACACAAUGUACCUAGCAAUUUAAAUGAUAAAAUCAGAGUAUGUGUUCGCAAACGACCACUUAGUAAGAAAGAGCUUGCCAGAAAUGAAAAAGACAUUGCCAUUAUCAAUGGUCAGAGAACUGUUCACAUCAAUGAACCGAACGGACAAACAGGGAGUGGUAAAACUUUCACUAUGCUUGACGAGAAACAUGGUCUUUAUGUCUUAGCGUCCCGAGAUAUUUUUACAUUAUUACAGCGGCCAGAAUUUAAUCAUUUAUCAGCAUACAUAGGAUUUUAUGAGAUUUAUCAAGGACAUCUAUACGAUCUGUUGAAUCAGCGAAAGAAAUUAUUCGCGCGAGAAGAUGGAAAGAAAAAUGUUAUAAUUUCAGGAUUACAAGAAUAUGCAAUUGAUAAUGUUGAUAGUUUAAUGCAAGUCUUUGAUUAUGGAAAUACUGUUAGAAGCACUGGUAGCACUGGAGCAAAUGAAGAUUCAUCUCGAUCACAUGCAAUCCUACAAAUAGUAUUGAAACAUAAAAAGAACAGAAAGAAGUUUCAUGGUAAACUCAGUUUCAUCGACUUAGCUGGAAGUGAACGAGGUGCAGAUAGAGGAGACGCUGAUAAGCAAACAAGGCAUGCGAUAUGUGCCGAAAUCAACAAAAGUUUGUUGGCUUUAAAGGAAUGUAUUCGAGCUCUGGAUCAAGUCAAAAGACAUACCCCCUUCCGUCAGAGUAAAUUAACACAAGUAUUAAAAGAUUCCUUUGUUGGAAAUUCAAGAACCUGUAUGAUUGCAACAGUAUCACCAAAUAUUUCUAAUAGCGAGCACACUUUAAACACAUUAAGAUACGCUGAUAGAGUGAAAGAACUCAAAUCAGAACGAGAUCGUGCUGAACGUGUUGCUGCAGGCCUCGAGUUGGCAGCUAAUGAACUACAUGGAUUAACUGAUGAACAGAGACAAGAAUAUUAUAAAGAGGAUCCUGCAUUUGACGAUGAAGAAGAAUCUGACUUCUUAGAAGAGGAAUUUCCAAGUGAUGAAGAUAACGAUCUUUUUGGUGAAGAAAUGCCCUCGGAUGGCAUCGUUGAUGAAGAUUUUAUUCAUGAUCAUCGUAGUGCAUCCGCGAAUUCUUUUGACAAGACAACAAAUAUUUUGUCAAAACUAAAUGUUAAUGAUACGCCGAACUCUCAUAGAACAACCUCAACUAUUACCUCUUAUCUUAAUUCUCCUUCCUCAUAUGUACAAAGUUCACCGGAUUAUAAUAAUUCUCCAAAUUCUAUUCAAUUACCAACAGCAUCUGAAAAUGCAUCAUCACAAGGUGGUAUUACUCACGCGGAUAUGGAAGACUUCCUUAAACGUCAUCGUCAUGAACUUAGAGAAGUAAGUGAAGCUGGUAAACAAGAGACAAAAUUAUUGGCCAACUUUACUUUAGGCAUGAACUCGAAUAAUGAUAUAGGUGCGGCUCAUGAUCUUACUGUUGACGCUUUUGAAAAGUAUCUUGAUGAAUUAGAUACACUAUUGGAAGCUAAGGAACAAAACAUUUCUGAACUAAGACGCAAGAUCAAUCAACUUUGGCGCCGAUAA